AGCCUGCAGUCCCCGGAGGAGAAGGGACUGGGGAUCACGUGGUACUACAAGAUGGCGUCUUCAACGCUGAUGGAUGCGGUUUGAGUGAGUCUCUCGUUAGGUACAGCAACUUAUUGCAGACACUCGCUUGUGCAAACUGGUGGCAGCCUCUUGUCUAAGUUCCAGGUGUCCCAAACAAAGCAUAUCGAAGGACAACGGGCUGGGAAGUUGGAUAUCCAUGCCUGCGCACUGUCGAGGAGGCUUUUGUCUUUCGGAAUAACAGGAAUAAAAUGGCUCUAAAUGUUUUUGAUAAUGAUGAAUACAGACCGCCAGUGUGGAAGUCCUAUUUGUAUCAGCUUCAGCAGGAGGCGCCACACCCGCGUCGGGUCACCUGCACCUGUGAGGUGGACAACAGGCCCAAAUACUAUGGACGAGAGUAUCAUGGAAUGAUCUCCAGGGAAGAAGCUGAUCAGUUGCUGAGUGUAGCUGAGGGCAGCUACCUCAUUCGGGAGAGCCAGAGGCAGCCAGGGACCUACACUUUAGCAUUACGCUUCGGAAACCAGACCCGAAACUUCCGCCUCUACUACGAUGGGAAGCACUUUGUCGGGGAGAAGCGCUUCGAGUCCAUCCACGACCUGGUGACGGACGGCCUGAUCACGCUCUACAUCGAGACCAAGGCCGCCGAGUACAUCGCCAAGAUGACAAUCAACCCCAUCUACGAGCACGUAGGCUACACCACGCUCAACCGGGAGCCGGCGCUCAAGAGACACGUGCCUGUCCUGUCCAAGGACGUCCCAGACGGGAAAGAACCCACAGGAGAAGAGGGCAGCCUAGAGGAGAGGGUAAGCCAACUCACCUCGCUGGUGCGCCGAGCCACGCUGAAGGAGAACGACCGCACGCCCAAGUACGAGAAAGUGCACAACUUCAAGGUGCACACAUUCCGCGGGCCUCACUGGUGUGAAUACUGCGCCAACUUCAUGUGGGGGCUGAUUGCUCAGGGAGUCAAAUGUGCAGACUGCGGGCUCAACGUGCACAAGCAGUGCUCCAAGAUGGUCCCCAACGACUGCAAGCCCGAUCUGAAGCACGUAAAGAAGGUGUACAGCUGCGACCUGACCACCCUGGUGAAGGCCCACAACGCCAAGCGGCCCAUGGUGGUGGACAUGUGCAUCCGGGAGAUCGAGUCGAGAGGUCUGAAGUCUGAGGGGCUGUACAGGAUAUCAGGAUUCAGUGAUUUAAUUGAAGAUGUCAAGCUGGCAUUUGACAGAGAUGGAGAGAAGGCAGACAUCUCUGUAAAUGCUUAUGAAGACAUCAAUAUCAUCACUGGUGCACUUAAACUUUACUUCAGGGAUUUGCCCAUUCCUGUCAUCACAUACGAUGCCUACCCCCGGUUCAUCGAAGCAGCAAAGCUCACCGAUCCUGACGAGCGCUUGGAGGCCCUGCACGAGGCGCUGAAGCUCCUGCCGCUGGCGCACUGUGAGACCCUGAGGUACCUCAUGGCCCACUUAAAGAGGGUGACCCAGAACGAGAAGGACAACCUGAUGAACGCGGAGAAUCUGGGGAUAGUGUUCGGGCCCACGCUGAUGCGCGCCCCGGACCUGGACGCCAUGACGGCGCUCAACGACAUCCGCUACCAGAGGCAGGUGGUUGAGUCGCUCAUCAAAAAUGAAGACAUUCUCUUCUGAAAGGGAUCAACUCGACAAAACGGUGAAUGAAGGAAUCACUUUUUCAUAUAAUGCAGCUCGAUAUCGUUUCGUUGGUGCAAAGACUCCAAUAUGAAGGUUUUUUUUUUUUUGUUUUGUUUUUUUUGAUACCGCCCCAUAUUUCCUCUUCCUGUGGACCUUUACUGAAUAACCUUGCCCCCUCCCCCCCUGUGAUGGGUGUGGAUUAUGUACCUUGAACCCAGGUCUUGCAUGUCUGCCUCCCCAUUUUUGUCGGGGGUCAUUAAAAUGGAGAUGGACCAAACAUGGCCGAGCGUCUUUAUUUUGGGAUAGCCUUUUAGCAGUAACCCAGCAUGUGUUUAAGGUUGUACAGCAUUGUGACUAUGCUCUUUUGUCCUGUGGAUGUAGCUCAUUGUUGCCAAAUGGGCACGUUGUUUUUGUGAAACACUAUGUACCUGGAUGUGACAUAGGAUACAGUAUUUUUUUUAAUGCCUUUGUGAUGAUAUAUUUGACCAAUUGUUUUUUUUUUUUUUUUUGUUUCUGUUUUUGUUUUUUGUUUUUUUUAUAUAUAUGCAGUACCAUUUUCGGUUAAUUUUGAAGCUUCUUUCUAACAGAAUCCAAGAAACCAAUGUACUCUCUUCAUGCCUCUCUGAAUGAACCCGGCCUUCAAAAUUCCAUUGUGUUAAAUUUGCAAUAUUCAGUGUUUAGUUCAUGGUUUGGUUGUAAUAUUUUUGUACUUGAUUUGCGCAUGAAUAUAUUAAUUUAUUAAAACUUGCUUUCCAAAAUGAAA